GAAGCCAGAUAAUGCUCCCAGCGGCCCCACCCAGAACAGCCCGGGACUGCUGGGGGAAGGAGCCCGUUGCGGAUCCCGGGAGGCUGGAGUGCGCGUUAAGUUCUUUGGCCAUGCCUUCUCCUCCCCCUCCACCCGCAGUGUCUUUCCUGGUAGGAGUUGCCAAGCACAUCUGGAAAGCUAUGCUCCCGGCCCCCCAGCCCCCAACAGCAGGAGGGGUGUAACCCAGGGAGGCCACCUCUCUGACAUAUGUGGUGGGGGGGAGGGGCAGUGCCUUGCCCAUAGGAAUCCCGAGGCAAGGCGGUGGAUUGUUGACUGAUACGGGGGAUUGCUGUGCCUCUUGGCCUGGGGGAAGGGGAGAGCUGGCAGGUGCUGAGGCGGGCAUUGAUGCACCCCCAGGAAGCCCGCGCACUCAAGGAGGCCGCCCCCCGCUGGCUGCUGCUCACAUGGUUUCUGGGCCCCUGGCACUCCGGUGGUGCGCGUGGGCCGGGCGUGGGGACAUGGGGCCGGACAUGGAGCUGCCCAGCCACUCGAAGCAACUCCUGCUGCAGCUAAACCAGCAGAGGACCAAGGGCUUCCUGUGUGAUGUCAUCAUCAUGGUGGAGAACUCCAUCUUCCGGGCCCACAAGAACGUGCUGGCCGCCAGUAGCAUCUACUUCAAGUCCCUGGUCCUGCACGACAACCUCAUCAACCUGGACACCGACAUGGUCAGCUCCACGGUGUUCCAGCAGAUCCUGGACUUCAUCUACACGGGCAAGCUGCUGCCCAGUGACCAGCCGGCCGAACCUAACUUCAACACCCUCCUCACCGCCGCCAGCUACCUCCAGCUGCCCGAGUUGGCAGCCCUUUGCCGCCGCAAGCUCAAGCGAGCCGGCAAGCCCUUUGGCGCGGGCAGGGUGGGGGCUGCGGGCGUGGGCCGGCCCCCCCGCAGCCAGCGGCUGUCUACAGCCUCAGUCAUCCAGGCCCGGUAUCCAGGGCUCGUGGACGGGCGCAAGGGGUCCCACAUCCCCCAGGAGCUGCCCCAGGCCAAAGGCUCAGACGAAGAGGAGCUCUUCCUGGCCGGCUCGGCCCAGGAGGGCGCCCAUGGCCUGGGCGGUGCUGUCUGUCCAGUGAGCGGUGAGGUUGGCCUGGGCGGCUGCGGCGGCAGCACCAAUGGGAGCAGCGGGGGCUGCGAGCAGGAGCUGGGCCUGGACCUGUCCAAGAAGAGCCCGCCCCUGCCCCCUGCCACGCCCGGCCCCCACCUUACCCCCGACGACCCUGCGCAGCUGAGUGACAGCCAGCAUGGCUCGCCCCCCUCUGCCUCUGCCCCACCCGUUGCCAACAGUGCCUCUUACUCCGAGCUGGGCGGCACCCCUGAUGAGCCCAUGGAUCUCGAGGGGACCGAGGACAACCACCUGGGCCUGCUGGAGGGGCCCAGCGGGCAGCCCCGCAAGAGCCUCCGGCACUCGGCCCGCAAGAAGGAGUGGAGCAAGAAGGAGCCCGUGGCCGGCUCCCCUUUCGAGCGGAGAGAGGCAGGGCCCAAGGGCCCCGGCCCCGGGGAGGAGAGUGAGGGGCUCGGGGACAGGGUUCCCAAUGGCAUCCUGGCCAGCGGCGUUGGCGGGGGCAGCCAGGGUGGGCCCUAUGGGGAGCCCCCGUACCCCUGCAAGGAGGAGGAGGAGAACGGCAAGGAUGGGAGUGAUGACAGCGGGCAGAGCGGGAGCGAGGGGGGCGGGGGCCACGCCAGUGGUGCGCAUUAUAUGUACCGGCCCGAGGGCUACGACAGCGUGCCCUACGGGGACAACCUGUACGUGUGCAUCCCCUGCGCCAAGGGCUUCCCCAGCUCGGAGCAGCUCAACGCGCAUGUGGAGACGCACACGGAGGAGGAGCUGUUCAUCAAAGAGGAGGGGGCCUACGAGACGGGCAGCGGGGGCGCCGAAGAGGAGGCCGAGGACCUGUCGGCGCCCAGUGCGUCCUACGCGGCCGAGCCCCGGCCCUUCAAGUGCUCGGUCUGCGAGAAGACCUACAAGGACCCGGCCACCCUGCGGCAGCACGAGAAGACCCACUGGCUCACGCGGCCCUUCCCCUGCAACAUCUGCGGCAAGAUGUUCACGCAGCGCGGCACCAUGACGCGCCACAUGCGGAGCCACCUGGGCCUGAAGCCCUUCGCCUGCGACGAGUGCGGCAUGCGCUUCACGCGCCAGUACCGCCUCACCGAGCACAUGCGCGUGCACUCGGGCGAGAAGCCCUACGAGUGCCAGCUGUGCGGCGGCAAGUUCACGCAGCAGCGCAACCUCAUCAGCCAUCUGCGCAUGCACACCUCCCCAUCCUAGAAGCCAAAGACCCGCGGGCGCCCUCUGUGGCUGGAGAAGCGAGGAGGCGGCGGCGCAGCGGGAGGGGCUCCCGGCGGCCCCGGCCCGCCCAGGCCCCGCCUCCACACACCCAGAGAGAGCUUUAAUCGACAGUCUGUACCAAGGGAAGCUGAGAGGAGAGAAGCCGCCGGCGGCCCGACCCGGGCAUGGUGCUGGUGUCCAGUCUACCUCCCCCCCCAACCCGGCUGCCAGCUUCCCCUCGGGGAGUGGCUCGCGUGGGUGUUGCCUGGGGGGAACCUGGUCCCUUUGCUGCCGGCCAGGUGCGUGAGUCCUGCUCUGUGCUAGCAGAGGCCAGGGGUGCUGUGUGCCCUGCAGGGGCCGUGUCUGUGUGCGUGCACGUGUGCUUGUGUUUCUGUGCGGGGCGUGCGGGUGGCCCUGGCUCUACAGGGAGCAGGUGCUGGGGAGGUGGGGGUGGGGUGGGGUGCAGGGUAGAGCCUCCCUCCGUGAGCCAGGACAGACCCCGCUCGCUGAUGCUGGAACAGUCAGGGUGAACUCACCCGCCUACCUCUCCAACUUAAGAGCCCUCGGGGCCUGUGUUGCUGUUGAUUUCCUACUGAUCUGUUCCUUUUUUUUUUUUUUUUUUGAAUUGUGUUUUUUAAAACCAAAACCAACAAGAGUUUGUUUUCUUCCCGGCCCGCUUUGGGGCCGAGCCUGGGUCUGCAGACUGAAUGUAAUCGGGGCGGCUGGCCUGCCUGCUGCCCGCAGCCCCCGGCGCUGCGGGGGUGCACAGGGGAGCCUCCUCCUCUAGGCCCCCCAGGAGCCUGUCUUCCCCAAAGGCUCCCUGGCCCCAAGAGCCUCGCCUCAGGAGAGAGAGUGCUUUUUCCUAGUUUCCAAGGAAUAUUCUUUGUUUAGAGGUACUUGUGGUUUGUUUUUUGUUUGUUUUUUUUAAUUAAGAGGAAAAACCAGUGUAACGUUUAUGAGACUGUUGGAACUGGAAGGUCUGGGGUUCCAAGCGGCUGGAAGUGAGGCCGGGGCCGUUGGUGUUUCGUGUUUGCAUUUCCGGUGUGGGUGUGGUGUGUGGCGUGUGCGUGGGCGGAAGUUUCGCUUUCCUUCCCCACUGAACAAGGUGGAGAGACCUCUGACCUUUUUGCUACCUCUUGGAUCCAUUGAUGACACAGUGAUGCUGGGUGCUGGGGCCGCUCUCCUGGUGCACCUGCUGCUCACGUGUGGUUCUGGCAUCCCAAGCCUGGGAGCGCCACGCACCUGAGUGGAAGGGAAACCGCGAGGAGGAAGCAGCUCUGUCAGGGCCAGGGUGAGGCGGAAGUGAGCCCCCCACCUCCCCCUCCAAUGCCUGUGGGACCUGGAGCUUGGGAGGGCAGUAGCCCCUGCCAGGCUAGCGAGUGAGUGAGUGCGAGCGAGUGAGCUGUGGGAGGAGCUGACCAAAAAUGUGGACUCCCUGGAGGUGAGGGGAUGGGCACCUCCCAAGUGGGCAUCUGGUCCCCACUGUCACCCUCGCCUUGGGCUUUCUCAGCCACCUCUGGGCCCCUAGCCAAGGGCAGGCCAAGGGCACUGCUCUUGGCUCACAGCCCUCAGCGUCUCUCAGAGCUGUGGGGCUGGGCUGGCCAGCAGGGUCUUAAUCUUCACUUGGCUUCACACUUUUCUCUUGGGUUUUUUUUGUUUUUGUUUUUAAGUUUAGACCAAAAAACCUACGUUGUUUCCUACCCCUCCAGGGACCUCCUGCUGAAGACAGAGCCUCAGACCGGGGACCCAGGUGGUGAACUGGGUGUGUUUGGGGGGUGUGAGGGCAGCCCAGCCACAGCAGGCUCCUCUUCCCUUCCGGGAGGGGGGAUGGAGGACCUGGGGCUGGAGUUCCAGCAAGUGGGCCUGGGGACCUGAGUGGAGCGCCUCCACCCCCACACACCCCGCCCCAGGCUCCCCCCAACCCCACAAGGGAGCAGGGCCCCUGCUCUCCCCACCCCGUCAGCACUUAAGCCACACGACGCAAAGUCUGUACCACACAGGGAUCAUUCAGGCCGGGCCACGCGCUUGGUGGCUUCCAGCCGUGGCAGCCGCAGCAUCUGCAGGGUGACUCCUGGAAGAAGUAGGCAAUUCAGGGACUGGGGGGCCCAAAGCCCUCACCCGGCGGCGACGGCCAUGCGACCUAGUAUUGUACCCAUCCUAGUAUUGUAUGGAGCCUUUUCUGUAUUUUAACGAGAAAGCAAGAACACUAGUUUCCUAUUUAAGAUUUUGAGGGUUUGUGGGGGUGGUGCAGGGGGUGACACAACACUUGGUUUUUCUCCCUCCCUUGCACCCCCCCAUCCGUGUUGAGUGCGUGCUUGUGCUUGCGGGAGUGUGCGUGGUGCUGAAGGGCCUCGCUGGGACAUCGGGCGCCGUCGGAGGCCACGGCGGCGGCCACUUCUCUGCUUUAGCCACUUAGUUCCUGAAUGUUUCUCGGAGAAACAGGAACCAGAAAAAAUAGCAGAUGUCACGUAGGAAAAGAGGAAAAGCAAAAAAAAAAGAAAAAAAAAAAAAAGGAAAACAAAAGAAAAAAGGAAAAAAAAAAGCUCAUACCCAAAUUCACAAAACCUAUUUUUUAAACCAAAGCACAUUUUGAAUGAGUAUGGAACCUCAGUGGGCUCAGAAAAAAAGAUACUAAUAUAUUUAUCUCAUUGUUUACAUAAACUUGCGUAGUUUCAGACCUCAGCAGCUGUAAGACCAGUCCCAAGGACGGCCCUCUUUCCCAGCUCAGGUGGGCAAAGGCAAGCCCUGGGGGCAGGGCAGGGGGCUGGGAGUCCCCCCCCCGGGAAUCACUGCUCUCAUCAACCCCCCCCCAACUCCGUUCCUGGGGCCUCCCCAGAGCCCAGCUGGCACCAAAGAGCUCGGACCCGAGCUGACCCUGCCCCUGAGGCCUGCGGGCGGGACUGCGGCAGUCCCAGCCAGCACCCCGAGGGGCUGCCGGUAGGCUCUGGCUACAGGGCCCCUGUCUGGGCUGGGGCCUCGGGGUGAGGUUGGCUGCCCUGCCCGUGUCCCUUGGGGUGGGCUGAUGCGAGGGUCUUGGGCCAAACAGUGUGGACCUCGCAGACAGCUCAGUCGACUCCCUCCCUCCCGGGAAGGGGGGACCUCAGUGGCACCCAGCCCAGGCAGCGGAAAGGGGCUGCCCCGGGGCUGGUCCUUACCUACACAGACGGUGCGAACACUCUGACCAGUGUUGUUUUUGUAUCAAUAUGUUUGUGCAGUGAUGAAUGUAUUUAUUUCUCAGACUGGGCGCGAGCGUGUGAGCAGCAGGCCGGGCUGCGCCACCGCCGGCUCCCGCUGGAGCAGAGCCACAAGCAAGGGCUCCUUCCAGGAUUGCAAAAAAAAAUUUUUUUUAAAGGAAAAAAAAAAAAAAAAAAGACGAACCUUUAAGCAAAUAAGAAUCUCAGAGACUCGCAGCAUAGCCAUACACCUCAGCCUGUGAACCGAACAAUCCGGACCCAGACUGACUGCCCCGUCCGCGCGCCAUCGUGUGUGUUUCCCGUCCUCGCCGCUGGGGGGCGCCGGGUCGGGGCUCCCCCCUCCCAAUCCCCACCCUGUCAGUAUUCACCGAACCUCAGGCCCCGCCCCGUGCAGGAGUGCGAUCCGGGCGGCUGGGCAGGCAGACCCCUUGCCGCCCGCCACCAUCCUGGGUCCCUGGGUCGGGAAGGGCCUGGGCAGCCUUGAAGGGGGAGCAGGGGUGGGGGGGUGGGGACAGGGCUCAGGGAGCAGGCGGCGGCGGCAUCCGUCCCGCCCCCAGGUUUGGGGGACCAGAGCCGAGGGCGCCCUCGACCCUGCCACGUCCCCCCUCCCCCACUCCGCGGAAGGGACCAAGGUCCUGCCAUCCCCCAGACUCACCCUGGGGCCCUUGAUACUGAACCUGUGAAUCGGAUGCCAGCAGUGGGGGCGGAGCCUCAGUCUGACAUUCCAAACCUGGGGUGGGUGUGAGUUGUAGGACUUCUGGCUGCCCAGGACCCCCCUCCCAGGAUGCCCCCCACUUUAUAAUGUUCUACAGGAACCCCCCUCCCCCUACCUCACCUUGCUAUUUAUUGCUGUAAUUUAUUGACCUCAAAAAUGCUGCAUAACAGACCUCAGUGGGGCAGGGAGGGUCUCCAGGGCUCCCACCCUCCACUUGGCGGCCCCGCGGGGCCAGGUGCUGAGGGGAGUCUCUCUGCCCCCACCCACCCAUCACUUGCUCCCCCCUGCUCCUGGGGGGCCCAGGUUGGGCUCUGGCCCAUUUGCAAAUACCUCGAGGGGGAGGGGAGGGGAGGGGUGUGUUUAGACCUGUUAAGUUUCAUUGCAACUGGAAGAGGGAUCUUGUCCUGCCACAUCCAGGGGCAGGGCCCCCGGAAUCGCACUCCUGUACUGGCCAUACCGCGGUCACUUACCACACUGACCUCAGUGUCCCUCGAGCGUUUUUGGAUAAAGUCAGGUCAGAGCUGCAGGUGCGCAGCCCUCCAAUGUCCCAGAAGAGCGAAAUCACCAACAACUGAUCUCUCCGUGCAGAAGCGUGCAGUCUUAAUGUACAGCGACGAGAAACUGUUAUUUUAUGAUCUUUUCAUUAAAAGCUCGACUGAAAAACC